CCCGAUGCUUUACAGCAACUAUUGCGACGUUCUGACCUCAACAACGAGCGUCAUGCCACUAAAUUUGCGCAACGUCACAGCUCCUCUCACCUGCAACAGCCCCAACGCCUCACGUCCACCACGCGACCCACAUUAAUUCAGGCACAUCACUCCCACAGCUUGUUCACCAGUCAUGUCGCGCCCAGUAGAUGCCCCAUCUUCUCCACCUUUCCGUCCCCCAUCCUCACAAACAUCGUCGCCUUCGCAGCGCCAGACGACAAAGCGCUCGUCCUCAUACUUUACGUAUCCCGUCUCAUAUGCCAUGUCAGGCAUCCUACGGCGACUCAAUACCGACGCGAGUCCGCAUUCAGAAGCACAGUCCAGAUCAGACAACCACAGCAACCGUAAUAGCGCGAGCAACCUGCAAUCGCAGUUGCAGUCCACCGCCUCUUCAUUCACGCAAUCCCUGGCCAGCUUCGUGUCCUCGGCCACAGACAUGAAUGCCGUCUACCAACCACCGCAUCGGAUAGCAAGCCCUUUCCAACCACCUCCAUUAACACCACUGAGUUUGAAGGGAUGGAGGAGUGAAAUGCGGGAUAAGGGCAAGCUCCUCACCAAGGCGCUAGCGGAAGAGAUUAGACUGCUACUGCCACCAAGACUGCAGCUGGUAGACGAGUGGCAGUUGGCAUACAGUUUGGAGCAAAAUGGUGUUAGUCUAAGCACGCUAUACAAACAGUCUGAGGACUAUGUGGGCAGGAGAGGAGGUUUUGUGCUCGUAGUCAAGGAUGGCGGUGGAAGCCUUUUCGGCGCAUAUCUGUCGGACGCACCACAGCCCUCGACAUCGUUUUAUGGCAACGGCGAAUGCUUCCUCUGGCGCGCACACGUCCUCUCUGGUCUUCCAGAUCUGCAGAUGAACCUCCCACCGCCCCCAUCAGAAGACACCACACACGCUGUCCGCAUGACGACAGUGUCGUCGCCGAAAAGGAACGGACAUUCAUUGGCACCGCCACGAAAUGGACAAACUACUAGAAGUGGGACGAGCACACCUGAGCGGAUACGUUUCAAGGCGUUUCCAUACAGCGGGGUCAAUGACUACAUGAUCUUCUGCGAGCACAGUUAUCUCAGCAUCGGUGGAGGGGACGGUCACUACGGUCUAUGGCUAGACGACAACCUGGAGAAGGGGGUCUCAGAUACGUGUCCCACGUUUGGCAACGAGCCCUUGAGCGAUGACGGCAAGAAGUUUGAAGUCAUGGGCGUGGAGCUGUGGUAUGUGGGUGUAUGAGUGAAAAUCUAGGUUGGGGGCUUCUUUCGUAACGAUACCAGGUUUUGGUACUUUGCACUGGCGGCAUAGUAUCAUGGCGUUCAAGAGGGUAGGUAUGUUUUGCUUCAAGGGUGAUUAUUUGGGUUGGACAUGAGUUAUGCUGAAAAAGUAAAUGCUGCAAUGCCAUGGGAUGUCC